CCAGCUUAAAAUAAUCAGCGAUAACUUUUUAAAUAAUUGCGCUCGAAAGUUAUAACCUUUAGUAGCUGCGUUUGCGACGUUGCCACGUUUACCACCGACUUCGCUCAGUUCUGCGCGCGCGCGUUUGGGAGAUAGACGUGUGCCAGGCGUCUCAGACCCCACGUUGUACGGGACGUCGUCAAAAACUGGAAAUGCCGCGCUUUCUCCAGGACUCAGAAAUUGAGAGGUGUUUAUUGGAAAAUGAUUUUGAUUCGGAGGACGAAGCGAUUUCUGCUGAGAAUGAUUGCGAAUCGGACCAUUGUAGUAUAGCGUCUGAAUGUCUUACGGAAGUAGAUGCAGAAGAAGAUGAAGAAUAUCUAUUUCUCACAACAAGAGGUACUUCUAGGAGUCGUUCUCAAACCAUCAGGGGCGCUUCUAGAGGUCGUUCUCGAACUAACAGAGGUGGUACUACUGGUCGUUCUCGAAGCAACCGAGGUACUUCUAGGGGGAGUUUCCGAACGAACAGAGGUGCUUCUAGAGGUCUUCAACCGAGAAAUCAAUGCACUUCUCAAGGUCAUCAGUCGCCUGCGUCACUUGAAAUUUUACGUCGCGUAACAUCUCACCAAGCAGAUAGCCGCCAAAACAGCUUGUCACCAUCAGCUCAAUAUAAUCUUGAUUCUCCUACAUGUUCUACUGCAUUGGAUGAUCAAGGCCUUUCCAAUGAUGUUUUUAUAGCAAAAGAUGGCACAAACUGGCAAAAACUACCUCCUCGAUCUAAUGUCCGGACUAGAGAUGAAAACAUUGUAAGAGGUGCUCCCGGAGUAAAGUCACAAUUUCAACAAAAGAAAUCUCAUUUAGAGUGUUUUGAGGUGUUUAUUUCAGAACCCAUAAUGGAUGUAAUAUGGCUUCAUACCAACGAAAAAAUUUCUACUUCAAAUUUAUUGGAGAACAGAACGGGAGAUAAAUUAGACUCAACGCGGGCUGGAGUGACAAGAGCUGAAUUAAAAGCAUUAUUUGGGCUGUUAUUACUGGCAGGUUUAUAUAGAUCAGGAAGGCAGAAUACGGAAGAUCUAUGGGCAACGGACGGAACUGGCAUAGAGGUGUUUCGAUUAACAAUGUCUCGAAACAGAUUUAUGUUCUUACUGGAGAAACUUCGAUUUGACGAUAUGUAUUCAAGAGCAGAGCGAGCUAAAUAUGAUAAACUUGCACCCAUUCGUGAAGUGUUCGAGUAUUUUGUUACCAAUUGCCAAAACUCUUUCUCACCAUAUGAGUAUCUAACCUUGGAUGAGGAGCUAGUGGCUUUCAGAGGCAGGUGCCCUUUUAGACAGUACAUACCCUCUAAGCCAGCAAAAUAUGGAAUAAAAAUAUACGCCCUUGUAGACAACAAGACCUAUUUUAGCUGCAACUUAGAGGUGUAUUGUGGAAAGCAACCUGAAGGUAGUCCAUAUGCCGUAAGUAACAAACCCCACGAUCUCGUGAAACGAAUGAUAAAUUGUGUGUCAGGAACUGCGCGUAACAUCACAAUGAAUAACUACUUCACCAGCUAUGAGACUACGAUGGAGUUACUACAGGAUCACAAACUUACUGUGGUGGGAACAUUGCGGGCCAAUAAGACAUAUAUCCCUCAAGAGUUCAAGAAAGCACGUGAAAAAUAUACAUCUUUAUUUGGUUUUCAAGAUAAAGUCACAAUCGUCUCAUAUGUGCCAAAGCCAAGAAAAAUGGUCUACCUGAUGUCUUCUAUGCACCAUGAUUGUGUAAUAGACCCCGAAACUGGAGUACAACAGAAGCCAGAAAUGAUAACAUUCUAUAAUGCGACGAAGUCGGGCGUUGAUGUGGUGGAUAAGCUGGCUAGAACGUAUGAUGUUUCUAGAAAUUCACAACGCUGGCCACUUACAAUAUUUUUCAGCCUAUUGAAUCAUGCAGGUAUAAAUGCAAUGGUGAUGUAUAUGCUGAAUAAUGGAACAAAUAAAGGAAAAACAAACCAAAGAAGAGAGUUCAUAAAGAAGUUAGGAUUGUCGUUGAUAGAAGAGCAACAAAAGAUAAGAAAAGAAAAUGAAAGAUUACCGAGAGAAUUGCGUAAGAGAGUUGCGGAGCAUUUAGGUGAACCACUUAGUCCUCCAAAAAAAACAAAAAAACCAAAUUCACGCCAAAGAUGCUCUAGAUGCCCAAGAUCCAAAGAUCGAAAAUCAACGCGCGCUUGCGCGAAAUGCGAUGCACCGUUGUGUUUGGAACAUAGUAUUUAUAUAUGCAAAGAUUGUGCUGAUUUACUUGAAAAUGCUUAA